AUGUUCAUCACCCUGCCCUUAUUCCUCCUCCUGUUCGGUCUCGUGGGCAGUUCCUUCGUCCGGUUCCGGGACCCGCACCACCCCGAGCCCCUGCUGAACGUGUUGGUGCGCCCCUGCUCGCCCGCGCCCUGCGAAGGGGGCGACGUGUACGUGGGUGGCCAGGACACUCUGUUCCAUUUAGAUCUGGGGCUGGGGCUGAGGGCCCGGGUCUCGACCGGGCCCGCCCUGGACAGCCCCGAGUGCCCGCCGCCGCCCGCGCCCUGCCCGGACGUGAACCGGACGGUCGCCCACGACCGGAACCGGAUUCUCUUGCUGACGCCGGAGGGCCGCAUGCUGCUCAACUGCGGGACGCUCUACCAGGGGAUGUGCAGGCUGCACAAGGCCGACGGCAUCGCUUCAAGCAUCCUGGUCGGUUCUCCGAACGAGACCGUGAACUUCGUCUCGGGUCGGGGGUCCACGGUUGCCUUUUGGGGAUCCGUGGGCAACGGCUCCGCUCUCUACGCCGCCUCCACCUAUGACGACCGCCCCCCUUCAGUGGAGCCCCGCCUCCGUCUCCAAGAGGCUCCUCCUCCGCGAGAAGGGAGGAUACGCCUUCCGGUGGACUACAUCUCCGGAUUCACCCACGGCGACUACGCCUACUUCCUGACCACGCAGCCCGUGUCCGGAGAGUCUACGGCCUACGAGACGCGGCUGGCCCGCGUCUGCCAACGGGACCCCAAGUUCUUCUCGUACACCGAGGUGCCGCUGGCAUGCCGGUUGGGCGGGCAGCCCUACCUCUACAACCUGGCUAGCUCCGCCCACCUGGGCGUGGCCUCGGCCGCCCUCCGGAACCGCCUCAAGCUGGGGCGGAGCGGAGAGGCGGUGCUGUUCGUGGCGUUCGUGAGCGCGCUGCCCGAGCACGGGCGUACGGUGGACGAGAGGCGGGGCUCCGUGAUCUGCUCGUUCCCAUUGGCUGCCGUGGAGACCGCCUUCGCCAACGCCACUAGGGACUGCUCCAAGGGCGAGCCAAGGACGUUCCUGCUCAAGCACGUGGUGGGUGACGACAUCCCCUGCAUUGCCAGGAAUCCGCCCCAAAUCCCGGAAGAUGAUUACGGAGACUUACUCGUUUUUCCAGACGGGCUCUGUGAUAUUCAAUGCCGGUGA